AUGGAAACGGAAUCUCUCGAUGUACAAUGUAGAACCAUCGCCUACACACCAGUGACAGGUUCAAGAGAUGGUAGUGGUUCUUGUAGGGACGCAGAUGUGUUGGUGCUGACAAUGCUAAUUUCAGAAUUUUGCGCUGAAUUAUAA